AUGUAUAUCAAUACAAAUACUUACUUUUUACCAAAAAAUUUCAUUGUUCACACAUUUUAUGGUGAAAGGACUUGUUUCUGCUGGAAUCAAAAUGAACUUAUAAUAUUUCCAUACGGAAAUAAUGAAUCUGUUGAAGUUUUGACAGCACCAGCAUCAAUAAAAACUGUACAAUGUUUUAGUGGUAGAAUUUUUUUAAUUUGCAUUCCACAAGGCAUUUAUAAACUUUCGAGAGAUCGAGAAUUUGCCGUUUUAAGUAAAAGUGCGAUUGGAAUGGGUACCGUUUUUUAUGAGGUAUUGAUACCAAGAAAUGGAUAUCUUUAUUUAGAUAAUAAACAAAAAAUGUCAAAUAAACUAUUAUUUAAACUUUCUUCAAAAGAAAUUAAUUCCAGUCAGCUAUGUGUUCAUCUGUUAAACAUGGAAAGCACUACAGAAUAUUUUAUGAAAGCCUUGACAAAUAAUUACUCUACUAUAGAAAAUUUAUGUAUAAUUGCAGAUGGACAAAAACUUUUAACAUUAAUUAAUGAGAAUGUGCAAAUAAUACAUAGCAGUAUUUACUCCAUUAGAGAUAUAAUACCUGUAUGGAAGAAUUCUAAGAUUGUAGCAUUACUUCUUGCUACUACCACAAAUGUUAUUGUUAUGAUACAUUCAAAAGACAACACACUUAUCUUCGAAACAAUUUAUUUAAAGACAGAAAUACAAACCAUUUGUGCUGGUUUUAGUGAAUCCUCAGAUGAUAUGUUAUGGAUUGUUUAUUUAUAUGAAUCUGAAUUUUAUUAUGUAAAAAAACAAUUACUGGUUGAUAACAUUCAUCAAAUAAGAGUCCAAGAUAAAAACUUUGUUUGCUUACAAUCAUAUGAUUCUAAGAUGAUUUUAGGUUUGACACAAGAUAAACAAUUAGUAGAGAUUUCUAUAAAUACAAUAGAAAAAAACCUAUCGAUAGAGAAUGAUACUUUCAUUAAUCUUCAUUCUAAUAUGUUAGAAGCUGCAACAGUUAUAAAGGAGAAGAUUUAUACAGGAACUCAAGAAUUACAAGUUUUAAAUGAAACAUUAACAACAGAAAUAGAUAAAUUAAAAAGAAUAAAUUUAUAUGCACAUAAAGAUAAAGUACACUUUUGUCCGAAAAUAACGAUAAAUUAUGUAGCGAAUCGGUUAUUUUUAUCUGCAAAUUUCCACGAUGUCUUUCCAAAAAGUAGUUGGGUCGUUCUUAAUGUAAAAUUGGAAUAUCAAAAUUUAUUUUGUAUGAAGAAAGUAGUAAACCAAGAGACUAUAAUCGAUAUUUAUAUACCUGAAAAUUUAGCAAUAAAUUUUUCGCGAAUUGCAAUAGAUUUAAUAACUUUUAAAGAUAAAGGACAUCCUUGGUGUAUAAUAAGGGAUUAUGUAAUCAGUGAUUAUAUCGAAAAACAAAAGAAAAAGAGAUCAAAUCAUGAUUUUAUAAAUUCUAAAAUUACCAAGCUCGAAACUCUUAUACGAGAAAGAAAUAUUAAUAUGAAAAAAUUAUCUGAAAUUAAGAAAAGUGUAAGGAAAGAAUUUAAUGAUAUUUAAAUUUAAACGAUAUUUGAAAUAAACUUUAUAACUUGAUAUUUAUGUUAUAUUAUAUUUUUAUAAUGUGAAUUUGUAUAGAAAAUAGUAGGAAUUAAAUAUAGGUGAUCAACAGAAAAAUCCAAUGCAUUUGAAAACAAAACCGUAUUUAUUUUAUGAAUAUAAUAAUAUAUUGAUAAAUAUUUGACUCUUUUUCUGGAUACAUACUUUUAUCGACAUGCAUUAAUUCUAUAAUUAUACAAUGUUAAAAUUAUGUGCAAUAUAUAGUUUCCCUGCAUUACACCAAUAUAGAACAUAUUAAUUUAGUAUUAAUGUAUAUGCUUUUUUUUUUAAAGAAUAUUCUGGAUUUAUUAAGGAAUAAUAAUUUUGACAAAAUUUAUGCUAUUGAUGUAAGUAAUAUACACUUAUUUUUAUUUGUAGGCACACUAUUAUUUAAUGUUAAUCGACUAAAAAUCAUUAUACAAACACAGUUAGCACAUAAAUAGUUCUUUUACUUUUUUUCACAUGCUUCAUUAAUAUUUAGGUCUUUGUUAUAAGAUAUAAUUUUUAUUGUAAGGAAAACAAACUUGUAACACACUGUUAGUAAUAUCUGUACUUUCUAUAAAAACUGUAAAUAUAAAUAAAGUCAUAGUAAGUACUUUGAAUUGCUGCUAAUAAAAUGCAUAAUUAUUAAAUGGACUAUAAAAAUGUUACAUGUUAUAAAAUAUAUUGGGAAUAAAGAACUGAUUACUAACAAUAGAAAAUAAAUAGUAAAAGAACAAUAAAUGCUAUCUAAUAACACUAUAUUAUCUAUUUAUUAUAAUUUAAAAGUAUGCAUUGUCUAAUGUUAAUUGUAACAUAAUAUAUUAAUAUGAGUAUACAGACUUUAAAAUGAUUUAAGUAUUAUAUAUAUCAUAUUUACGAAAAAUAUCCCACAAAAUUGCCUAGAAUAUUGAAACAUAUAUAUUACAUAAAAUUUCUUGAAUAAAAUAUAUAUUUAUAUAAAAAAUAAAAUUUGAAUUAUUUUUUUAAAUUUGAAACUUAUGUUACGCUAAAAUGGAUAUUAUUUUGUAGAUGUAUCAGCUUUUGUAAUUUGAAAUUAUAUUAUCUCAUUUAAUUUUUGAAUAAUUAUUUACAAGUAAUGAGAGUAACUGUUUUUAAAUGUAAUACAUAUCUUUAAAAAUUAUUUAAAAGAAGUACUGAAAUAUUUAUAAGUUUAAAAAUAUGGCAGUAAUAGUUUCUAUUAGAUUUAAAAAAAAAUAAUAAAUUGUAAUGAUUUAAAUCUAAAAUUACAAGUCUAUUCUAGAAAUUCUAUAUUAUAGACUUGUUGAAUUAAAUACAGAAACUGAACUUUUUUUAUAAAAAAAAAUUAAAUUUCUUUUUGUGUAUUUAAGUUUUUAAUUACAGAUGCUUUUAUAUUUAAGUUUUUAAUUAUAGAUGCUUCAAAAUUUAGAAAAAAUUUCUAUUCAUAAAAUAUUUCAAACUAUCAACUUAUAUGGAACUUAAGAUAUGUGCAAAUGUUGAACAUGAAAUUUUAUAUUUGAUAUACUUCUUUGUAUAGUAAUAAAAAUAUAAUAAUUGGAAUAAAAGCACAUAUUAGGCAUAUAUUAUUAAAAUAUCGAACUUUUUGAAAUUCGCUAUUUUUCUGCAGAGAUUGUACCAUUGUGUUAUCGCUCAACAUUUUUUUUCUUUCUUUCUAAAAACACACAAUUAUUCAUAUUAUACACACUUAAUAAAUAAAUGAAAGUUUAUAAAAAGGAGGAAUUCUAUUUCAAGUUGAAAAUUAAUUUAAUUGAACUUUAUCAUAGCAAAUUUAGAUGAACAUAUAGUUUGAAUUUACUAUGAAAAUUAUAUCUAUUUCCUAUUAAAAUGCAAUUUGUUAAACACGAUUAAACACAGUUUAUAAAUCUUUUAAGGCACUGAAUAAAAUACAUAGUAUUUUUACAUCGAGGGUCUCAUAAUUCAUUACAAAUGGGGACAAUUUGUUCCUUCUAUUUACACUAUUCACAUUUGUGUAAGAAAUAUGAUUGAAUUGAUUGAAUUGAAGAAAUACAAGAUAACCGAAGAAAAACAUGUUGUUUCGUAUGCGUCUAAAAAAUAUGUUGAAUUAUACAUUCAGAGUUUUUUAAAUCUUCUAUUAUAACAAGAUUUUAAUUGAAUACAUCUGAAUAGAACCCACUCAGACUAAGUAGAUGA